GAAUUAAUCAAUACUUCUGGUCUACUAAGCAUGGCCAGGGCUCCUAGUUAGGAAAUAUUCACAUGGACAUAUAAAUGUUUUAACAAUUCAGAAUGAGGGACCUCACAUAUGAACCAAUAUCCUCUGAAGGGCCCAGUGGAAGGCCUUCUUUACAAGAAAAAUUAUGAGUUUUAUCCCAUAGGAAUCAACAUGGCAUCUAUGGAAGGUCAAGGACAGGUCACGGUCACUGUUCAUGGCCAGGAAAAUGUCGGAAUAAAGAAAUCUCAUCUGACCCCUGGGGAAUUGGAGAAUAAUAACACAAUGCAGGGGCACAUAAAUCUGGCACUUGAAGAGGAUGAGAUUCUCUCCCCUCAUAAAAUAGAACUAGAGGAACUCAAUGUUGAAAAUGAUGAAAUUAAGACGAUAAAUGCCAUUAUUGACCCUUCUCCCCAUAAUUCUGAAAACUUAGAAGGAAGACAACACUACAAACAAAAUAAUGCUGUUUUUAACAGCAUCAGUCCCAGAGCAGCUAAAUACAGGGAGGGAACCAAGGCCAAACUCAACAAAAUGAUCACAGUCCCUGGAGGCUCCACAUGGGGGCCACAAAGCUCUCAGUCUAAACCUUCAAGGCCUACCUCUCAAAUGGGGUCUCUGAGGGGAUUACCUGAUAACUUGGGAACCAAAAACUUGAGUGGUACCAUCAGGAGCCACCAUUCUUUAGGAGGUGCCACUGUCCACAGCCAACAAAGUGUACACAGUAGCAUUCCUUUGCAUGUAAGGAGACCAAUCAAUGGAACUAUUAAAGGAUAUCCAAGUGGGACUCUUUCAAAAGGGUCUGUGGUUUUCCGAAGAAGUUAUCAACCCAAAGAACAUCUAGUGAAGCGAUUUGAUAUAGAGCUGGACCAGCAUGAGAGACAUCGAUAUCAUCCUGGUGAAGAAAUCUCUGGCAAAAUUAUCUUUGACAUUCAAGGGAAAUUAGAAAUCCGAUUCAUUGAGUUUCUUGUCACAGGACACUCUGCCAUUACAUUGUUUAGAAAUGCAAACUUAGGAAAAACCAAAACAUUUCGGGACGUGUUUCUGAACAAACGUAACUACAUAGUGGGGACACCGGAUGGUAAAUGGACGUCUUUGGUCACUCCUGGUCACUAUGUUUCAAAAUUCAAAUUCCUCCUCCCUAGUAACAUUCCAUCCUCAAUGAAAUACAAGGAUGAACACAAUGGUUUUGGUGCUGAGAUUGUUUACACAGUGAAAGCUAGAAUAUGUGAUGACAUUGGAUCAUCUUCUGCUAGAAGUACCCAUUCAUUGAACAACUUGGUAAAAAUCAUCCUCUCUCGUAAGAAUUCCUUCACCGUGAGAAGGAGAUUUGACAUUCACUCCAUUCCCAAUGCACUCCUGCCUGUGAUUCAUCAGGAGGACAUCACACUUUCGUCUUGUUCGUUUUUCUCCAGUGAUAUUGCCAGUGUAAACUUGUGUAUAGAUCGUUCCUGUUUCCUAGCAGGGGAUGACAUACAAGUCAGACUCGAAGUAGAGAAUCAGUAUGCAAAACGUAUUAAAAUGAUCGAUGGUUGUCUACAACAAAAAAUAACCCUGGUGAAGCCUAAAUCCCAUUUUAUAUUUGAUCUGUCAACGUUUGGAGUAAAAGAACCCAAAGGAACUGUGAUAACUAACAAACUACGACAAACUCUGGCUUGCUUUGACAUCACACUGCCAACUCAAAUGAAUAUUUUACCAAGCAUAAAUCCAGGAUGUAGACUUAUACAGGUUACAUACAACCUCCGUAUAGUGGUCCAUUUCUCCACUUGUGGAGGUCAGUUAUUACUAGAAAUGCCUGUCAAUAUUGGACCAUGCUCUGAUCCUGUCAACCUUGAGAAGAGAAAUUCUGUCCCCCUUUUCAACCGUCCUAAACGUUUCCCCCACUUCUCCCCUCAUCCAAAUGGACACAUACAAAAUGGACAAGCCGGUAUCCAUCUGGAGCCAAGGUCUCCUGUCCGUGUCCACACCAAGUUCUCUCACAGUGCUCCCUCUCUGCUCUGCUGUUCCGCAGAUGCUGCUUUAUAAUUUGAAACCAAAGACCAAAGACAAACUUUA